CGCCCCGGGGAGCCGCUGGCUGGCGCCGCCGCCGGCGGUGCGCCCUCGCCGCCGGCAGGGGCCGCUGCGGAGCGAGCGCGGCUCUCCGGAAAAAGCCGAGCGUCGGCGGCGCCGCCCGAAGCGGCGCAGCGGCGGGGGAUCAUGGCGCAGCAGGUCGAGCAGCUGCGGGCCGACGGCGUCCACAAGGAGGUGAUCCGCGAGGGCACGGGCCCGCUGCCCGACUUCCGAGACGGCACCAAGGCGACCUUCCACUACCGGACGCUGCGGUGCGGGGCCGAAGAGCGGGCCUUGGACGACAGCCGGGCGCGGGGGAAGCCCAUGGAGCUCAUCGUCGGCAAGAAGUUUAAGCUGCCGGUGUGGGAGGCGGCGCUGCGCACCAUGCGGCCGGGGGAGCGCGCCCGCUUCCGCUGCGACGCCAAGCAUGUUGUACUGUACCCCAUGGUGUCCAAGAGCCUGCGCAACAUCGCAGCGGGGAAGGACCCGCUGGAGGGGCAGCGGCACUGCUGUGGCAUCGCCCAGCUCCAUGAGCACCACUCGCUCGGCUACCCCGACCUUGACGAGCUGCAGAAGAACCCCCAGCCCCUCAUCUUCGACAUCGAAGUGCUCAAGGUGGAGGAGCCUGGCUCGUACCAGCAGGACCCCUGGGCCAUGACGGACGAGGAGAAGUUGCAGGCCGUACCCCUGAUCCACAAGGAGGGCAACGAGCUGUACCGGCAGGGCAAGGUGCAUGAGGCAGCCGCCAAGUACUACGAUGCCAUCGCCUGUCUCAAGAACCUGCAGAUGAAGGAGCAGCCUGGCUCUCCAGACUGGAUUGAGCUUGACCAGAAGAUCACACCACUGCUGUUGAACUAUUGCCAGUGCAAGCUGCAGUGCCAGGAGUACUACGAGGUGCUGGAUCAUUGCUCCUCCAUUCUCAACAAGUACGAGGACAAUGUCAAGGCCUACUUCAAGCGGGGCAAGGCACACGCGGCAGUGUGGAACGUGGCGGAGGCGCAGGCUGACUUUGCCAAGGUGCUGGCACUUGACCCUUCGCUGCGCCCCGUCGUGGCCAAGGAGCUGCGGAGCCUGGAAGCCCGUCUGCGUGAGAAGGACAAGGAGGACAAGGUCCGCUUCAAGGGCAUCUUCUCUCAAUAGAGCACAUGGCUGCAUGUGAGAGUCCAAUACUCUCUGACCAGGUUCUUUUAGAUAUUCCACAUGUGGAAUGUUUAUUAAUGUUUAUUAAUGUUUAAUACAAAAUUUACUUAUUUGAAGUUA